UUGGCGGCGCCGCGGUGCCUGCGUUCAGGCCGGGCUCUCCGGGCGGCAUUAGGACCGGGACCCAGGAGGAGGCUGGCGGGGGUUGGCCCAGUGAACCAUGGAGCUGUAUUUUGGUGAAUACCAGCACGUGCAACAGGAAUAUGGUGUCCACCUGAGACUUGCCAGUGAUGAGACCAAAUCCUUAAGGAAUUCCCAGCCCUCUAAGACAGGCUCGUACGGCGUCAGUAUCAGGGUCCAAGGGAUUGAUGGCCACCCGUACAUUGUCCUAAAUAACACAGAACGCUGUCUAGCCCGUCCCUCUUUCCCUGACAAUGGCGCAUCAUUUCCAUCUCCCACCAUCCACACCGUGCCUCUCCAUGCCAGCAAUGGGUCCGUACUGAAGGAGUCCGGCUCAGAACUGCAGAUCCCUGAGAAUCCAUAUGCCCAGCCCAGCCCCGUACGACACCUCAAGCCAUCCUCCCUCCACGAGGGCAAGAAUGGCAUUCUGGAACGGAAAGGUGGCCCGGCGAGGCCAUCCCACCUCCUCAACUGCCAGAGACACCCAGAGCUUCUGCAGCCCUAUGACCCCCAAAAGAGCCAACACCCUCCUGACAGCCCCUGGCUUACAAAGGUGACAGCAGAAGGGACCCCCAGUAAGACAUCUUGGACUUGCUUUCCUCCGUGCCCCAGCCCUCCCGGGGAGGACCUGGAUAAGACUGGGGUCACCGCCAUCCGGCUAUGCAGCUCCGUGGUCAUUGAAGAUCCCCAAAAGCAGACCUCCGUGUGUGUGAAUGUCCAGAGCUGUUCCAAAGAUGGGGUGAGAGAGGCCUCCCCCCGCCGCGGGAGCGCCUCAGCUUCUCACAGCCCACAGGGCCACCCUGAAGCCAAGAAAGCCCGGCCCGAUGUCCUUCCUUUCCGGCGACAAGAUUCAGCAGGGCCUGUCCUGGAUGGAGGCCGGUCGCGAAGGUCCUCAUCGGCCUCCACCACGCCCACGUCUGCCAACUCUCUGUACCGAUUUCUACUGGAUGACCAGGAUGCCAUCCACGCGGACCACGUCAAUCGCCACGAAAAUCGCAGGUACAUCCCGUUCUUGCCGGGCACUGGGCGAGAUAUCGAUACCGGUUCCAUGCCCGGUGUGGAUGAGUUGAUUGAGAAAUUUGAUGGAAAAUCCGGGCUCCUACCGAGAAGAGGCCGGUCUGGGAAGCGAGGGAGAAUCAAUCCAGAGGACAGGAAACGGUCUCGAAGCGUGGACAGCGCCUUUCCCUUCGGGCUCCAGGGCAACGCGGAGUACCUGAGCGAAUUCACCAGGAACCUGGGCAAGUCCAGCGAGCACCUGCUGCGCCCGUCACAGCUGUGUCCGCAGAGGCCUCUGGCCCCAGAGCAGCGUGGCCAGCACAACGCUAUCCGGGCCGGUGCAAAGCCGCCAGCAGACCCGCAGCCUGCCCAGGGGGCACACCCUGGGCCUCCCCAGCAGCCCCCAGACAGGAAAGUGCCAGAAAACAAAGAGAGUCAGGAAAGCGUGGUGGUGACCCGUGCAUCCUCCUCCCUUCCUGUGCCAAGUAAAAAAGAAGAAAUCAAAACAGCCACUGCGACGCUGAUGUUGCAGAGUCGGGCGACGGCCACCUUGCCUGACUCUGUGACCAAGAAGAUUUCUGUGAAGUCAUUUCCUUCCAGUACUGAUGCUCAGGCCACACCGGAUCUCUUGAAGGGCCAGCAAGAGCUCACUCGACAAACCAAUGAGGAGACAGCCAAGCAGAUACUCUACAAUUACCUGAAAGAAGGAAGCACAGACAAUGAGGAUGCCACUAAAAGGAAAGUCAACUUGGUCUUCGAGAAAAUCCAAACCUUAAAGUCUCGCGCAGCGGGGAGCACACAAGGAAAUAAUCAAGCUUCCUCAUCUGAACUCAAAGAUCUAUUGGAACAGAAAAACAAGUUGGCUCUAGAACUUGCUGAACUUGAGAAGCAGCUUCAACAAGAAGUCAAGAAUCAACAGAACAUCAAAGAAGAGAGAGACAGGAUGAGAGCGAGCCUGGAGGAGCUUCGAGGCCGCCAUGAGAGCAAGCUGGAAGAGAUGGCGAGGCUGCAGCAGCGACUGGAGGAAAGUGAAGGAGAGCUGCAGAAACACCUGGAGGAGCUCUUCCAGGUGAAGAUGGAACGGGAGCAGCACCAAACAGAGAUCAGGGAUCUGCAGGACCAGCUCUCAGAAAUGCACGAUGAAUUAGACAGUGCCAAGAGAUCUGAGGACAGGGAGAAAGGGGCUCUGAUUGAGGAACUCCUGCAGGCCAAGCAGGACCUCCAGGAUCUGCUGAUCGCCAAGGAGGAGCAGGAAGACCUCCUGAGGAAGCGGGAGCGCGAGCUCACUGCCCUGAAGGGUGCCCUGAAAGAGGAAGUUUCCAGUCACGACCAGGAGAUGGAGAAGCUGAAGGAGCAGUAUGACACAGAGCUCCAGGCGCUCCGCGAGAGUGUGGAGGAAGCCACCAAGAACGUGGAGGUCCUGGCCAGCCGGAGCAGCGCGGAGCAGAGGCCGGCAGGGGCUGGCCUGCGGGAGAAGGAGCUGGCCGAGGAGAACACGCGGCUGCGGCUCCAGAUCGCAGAGCUGGAGCACAGGGCGACUGAGCUGCAGGAGCAGCUGGAGGCCCGGGGAGGCCAGGAGAUGGAGGCCAAGGAUGCACUCCUUAAGUGCAAGGGUGAAAUGCAGCAGCUAGCGGAGGCCCUUGAGAGUGCCAGAAAGGAGGAAGAGGCAUCCACGGAGGCCAGGAGGGCCCUGGAAAGCGAGCUGGAGAAGGCCCAGAGGGCGCUGAGCCGCACCACGCAGGAGCACAGGCAGCUGUGUGAGAAGCUCCAGGACGAGCCUGAGCAGAAGGAGCAGCUGAGGAAGCUGAGGAGCGAGAUGGAGAGCGAGCGGUGGUGCCUGGACAAGACCAUUGAGAAGCUGCAGAAGGAGAUGGCAGACAUUGUUGAAGCGUCCCGCACAUCCACCCUGGAGCUCCAGAGCCAUCUGGAUGAGUAUAAGGAGAAGACCCGCAGGGAGCUCACAGACAUGCAGAGGCAGCUGAAGGAGAAGACGCUGGAGGCAGAGAAGGCCCACCUGGCAGCCUCCAACAUGCGCGAGGAGAUGCGCCUCCUGGAGGAAGAGUUGAGGGACCGUCAGCGGUCUCAGGAGGAAGAGCUCAUGAGAAGGCGGCUUGUAGAGCAGACACUGAAGGAGCUGGAGUGCGAGCUGGAGGCCAAGAGCCACGCCAAAGAUGAGCGCAGCCGGCUGGCCAGACAGAUGGAGGACAAGGUGUCCCAGCUGGAGGCGGAACUGGAAGAGGAAAGAAACAACUCGGAUCUGCUGUCCGACAGGAUCGCUCGGAGCAGGGAACAGAUGGAGCAGAUGAGGAGUGAGCUGCUGCAGGAGAGAGCUGUGAAGCAGGACUUGGAGUGUGACAAGAUUUCCCUGGAGAGACAGAACAAGGACCUAAAGAGCCGGAUCAUCCACCUGGAAGGUUCCUACAGGUCCAGUAAAGAGGGGCUGGUGGCACAGAUGGAGGCCAGGAUCACAGAGCUGGAGGACCGUCUGGAGAGCGAGGAGAGAGACCGGGCCAGCCUCCAGCUCAGCAACCGCAGACUGGAGCGGAAGGUGAAGGAGCUGGUGAUGCAGGUGGAUGACGAGCACCUGUCGCUGACAGACCAGAAGGACCAGCUGAGCUUGCGCUUGAAAGCCAUGAAGCGCCAGGUGGAGGAGGCGGAGGAGGAAAUCGACAGACUGGAAAGUUCUAAGAAGAAGCUGCAGAGGGAGCUGGAGGAGCAGCUGGACGUGAAUGAGCACCUGCAGGGGCAGCUCAACUCCAUGAAGAAGGACCUGAGAAUGAAGAAGCUACCAAGCAAAGUGCUAGAUGACAUGGACGACGACGACGACGAUCUGAGCGCCGAUGGGGGGAGCCUCUAUGAGGCGCCACUGAGCUACGCCUUCCCCAGGGACAGCGCCCUCGUCAGCCAGAUCUGAGUCCGCUUCCGGGCUGCUGGAGUGGCCCCAGGGCCUCUCACAAGACGCUGCAGCCGCCCAAAGGGAACAGCUAGAGCGGGGACCCUCGGCCGCCUGCCCCCUCCCUCCACUGCCGGCGCCUCCCACGGUCCCCCGGGAGCUGUGACAGCCACUGCCGGCCAGGCAGUUGAAAAUAGUUUGGUAAGACAAAGCCCCUGUUGGGCACAGUGGUCUGCCAGGAACCCCUGGCAUGCUCUGUCUCCUGCGCCCUCCCUCCCAUCCACCAAAAUGCCAGCGAUGGGCAAAGAGCCCUGGCGCAGGGCGGGGGCGCUGCACCUCCUCACAGACCACUGCUGUUCCAUGUGGAAUGUUCCAGAGCCUUUGUAGUGUGGCUUGUCAAACGCACACAUCAACACUGAUCAUCCUUUUCCCUAAAAAUAUGAAACUACUAAGUAUUAAACACAAGCAGAAGAAAAAGGAGAAUAGAAAGACCAUUUUGGAAGUCAGAGUUGGAACGCAGCAGCUGUAAUGGUGACGGUGCACAUCGCAGUCAGAUGGCCUGGGGAGUCAGCAGCCUGUGGGCGGGGGGUGGCCACGUGGCUAUCCCAUCUGGGAUUAGCAUUUCUGACCCGUGCUCAAGACCAGGCCCCGAUCACUCCUUGCUCACACGCAGGCGGAGAAAGGGAGACGUGAGCGUAACUUCCAACGAUCUUAACAUGUCUCGUGGCCUUUUCCUGCCUCCUCCCAUGGACCACCUCCACCUCUGCUCCUAGGCCUGGAAUUGGGGGAGGAGGGGUAGGUAGGUAGGUGUGUGUGUGUGUGUGUGUGUUGGGGGUUGUGUCACUGGUACAAGAAAGAUGACAGGAAGUUCUUGAAAGCUGGGGGGAUGUGAAGAAGAGAGAUGAGCUCACACUGAUGCCCUGGAGGGAAGAAACUUUUUUGGGGGUGGGAGUGUGCAAAUUGGAGGUUCCUUCCAAUUUCAGGAGGUGACAGGGCAUGGGAGCGAUCAAGGGUAGAGGUGUGAUGGCAGUGGGUUGUGGGGGUGUGGAAGGGUGCUGGUGACCCCUGAACCCAGUCUCUGAGCAUGCCCAUGGGGCAGGGGAGAGGAGUCUGUGCACAGGGCGGGUUGAUGGUUAGCGCCGCAGGCACGCCGGCACGGGCUCCCGGGCACGGAGCUCACCCACCAAGAUGCAGAGUAGUCAGCGCAGCUGAAGGCGGAGAUCUGCUCCCAGACACCCAGAGCUUUCCACAUCUGCCUGGGCCCCGUCACCCAUGGGGUCACCCAUGGGGUUGCCCUGGCCUGUGCUUUCUCGCUGGGUGUGGAGCCCUCGCUCCUUUCAGCCAUUCGCACACUUAGUAAAUAUGCAUCAGGCCCCGGGGGUGUCGAGCGCGGUCCCUGGCACCUAGCAGGACCGGCACAAGCGCCCCACACCCCUCCCUCCCCCAGCCUGGGAGCCCUCUGGCCUCAUGGGGAGGGGGACGCAACAAGCCUGUGAUUGGUGGGCUCGGUCCCUGGAACCCACAAUGCACUGGUUUCCCUGAGGGCUCCCAGCUAGAGCUGUGAGUGGAGACGGGGCGCAGCCCAUGGGCCCGGCCAGGAAGCGCAGCGCAGCGCCUCCUCCUGUUCACUCCUGGCCAGCACGGAGGGAGGGACACUUGCAGUGUUACCCCAGAGACAUGCUGACAGUGUGAAUGACUGCGCCCUCCUGGGCCGCAAUAGGCUCAUAGUGCGGGAGCCAGAUGCCCACGGCGCAGCCCGCCGGAAUUUACAGAGAUGCCUUCAAACUCUGCCUCUCCUCCCGUGUGCCCAGCCCUUCCCACGCCCAGCGAGCCACCAUUUGAGUUCAUUAUAUAUCACACAUGUAUUUUUCUGCUGAUUGCUUUAAGAACUAACCUCACUCAAGUGUAUUUUCUUUAGCUAGCUUUAAAAAAGAAAUGAAUAUUGUAUGUAAAAAGCAAAUGUGGCCAAAUGCAAUGCUGAGGAGACAAUCACUGUCUUGUCUUUCCUAUCUCUGCCCUGCAUCGGAGUGUCGCUCUACCCUCUGAUUGCCUCAUUCAUUCAUUGAGUUCUGCUUCCGGGUUGGGGGGGGUGCAGUGUCACAGGGAUGAGAAACCCUUCCUGUGGCCACCUCCAUGCGAGUUCCUGCGUGAAGCGAGUUUUUUUCCCUCAAUAAAAGUGGCACCCGAAGGGCAGUC